UUGCCUCACAGUCACAGGUCCUGGUUUUCAUUGGACAUUUCAACUACCCUGACACCUAUAACAUCACUGCGAGGCACAAACAGUACUGGAGGUUUCUGCAGUGGAUUGAGAGCUUUGACACAGGUUGUGAAGGAGCCAACGAGUUAUGAUCUCUGUCCGAAAAAACUUUGAUGCCAGAAAUCUCCCAAUACCUGGAUACACAGGCCACAUCCCCUUGAAGUUCUGCAGCAUUGGCACGAGCUACGGAGGCGAUGCYGUGGUGUACGUGACCCUGUUCCGCAACGCGACGCAGAGGCACAGAGAGGCGAGGAACGAGCUGCGACGCAGAGCAGCCACGACACCCCAACUUCCACCUAUUUGCUGCAAUGAAGAUGUUUUACAAGUACUUUAUGACUAUAAUUAUAAACACCACCCUAAUAGGCUAGGUACUGUGAUAACUGAGAGAAAUUUACUGGAUCCCCCUCUCCCAGGUUGGACUGGCUUUGUGCCUAGGGCAAGAGUCACUGAGCUGGGACAUGGUGUUCGUUACCGUGUGAUGGCAAAAAAUUGUUUUCAGGAUUUUAAGAACUUAAUAAAUCAAGUUCCUUAUGAUUCUCCUAUCAGUGCCCAGAGAGGUGAGACACAUGACAUUGAAGCUCGUAAAGUACCGCACGCCUAUCAAAGAUUCUACAGGCCUGAGGGCAUGAUGCCAAAAUACACUGGUCACAUCCCACAUAAACAUCUAAUUGCUGGCAAGACAUUUGGCAAUCUCUGCCGAAGCAGCUCUGUGUGUUCACACACAGAAGACUCCUAUGGUGCUUAUCUCACUAAGAAGCGGAGGGCCCUGCUGAAGCUUCAGCAAGCAGCGAAUGUGAGGUGA